GGCCCCGGCCGUGGCCGGGUCGGCGAGGUGACGGGAGAGGUGAGCCUGGAGGGAGGACGGGGGGCGCGGCAACCGAGGGUGGAACGGCCCGGGGCACCGAGGUGACAGGCGGCCCUGGACGAGCGGAUCCCCCCCGGACGGCCGGGGAGGUGACGGGAAGAUGCGUCGGCCGGGGCAGGAGGAUGAGGGACCCGGCCGCCGGGUAUGGCACGGCCCAGGCCGUGGAGGUGACAGGUGAUGGCGUGACCCGGGCAGGCCCAAGGAAGUGACAGCGGGACGGGCGUCCGCCUCUGCUCGCACCGGCGGAGCCCAGCGGUGAUGUGACGCACGGCCCCGCAGGUCACCGGGCAGUGGUGACACCGGGUGGUGGCUCCGGCCGGGGCUGCUGCCGCUCACUGUCUGCUGGGAUUUUGUGUGUGUUUGUGUUUGUGCUUUUCCCAUUUGCUUUUGUGCCUGAGGAUGGCUGAGGGGGAGGGACUUGCUAAUGUGUUUCAGACAGAAACUUUCAAACCAUCAAAAGCUUCACCCGCGCCCAGAAACAGGCACUUGGGUGAAGUGCAGUGGCUGGGUGCUACUUCUGCUCGGUGCAAGUGAUUUCCUGCAAAAGGGACUCAUAGGGGUACUAAGGGGAACUGCUGGCCAGCGGGUGUUGCUGGAUUUGGGUGAUGGUGGUGAUGCUGAAGGACCUCAGAUGGACAUCCCCUGCAGCCAGCAGCUGCACUCAGAGCACUGCAGAGGGGCAGGGGAGGCAGCGACAUGCAUGGCAUCUCCACUAGCACAGGGUGGCCAUCCUUACCCCAGUGGUCAUGUCACCUGCCAGGCGCUUCCCUCUUGCUGAUUCCCCUUUCUCCCAAAGGAGCCUUUUCCCAUGCCCAAAAGUUUCUCUUAGUGCACAACCCUGAGCUCCUUUUGAUGGCUGCCACCUGUGAUGGCCUCGCUGCACCCCCACUGCUCCCCAUGCCACUCACCCCACAGCUCACUUGCCUUUUUGGCAUUACCUCCAUCACGCCGAGCCAUCAGUUAAUUAUUGACAAUAAGCGGAGCGAAUCAAUGGAUGAUGUGUGCUGAGAUGAUUGCAAAGUGCUGGGGCCACGCAGCAUUCCCUGCUGGAGUGUGUGUGUGCUGCUGCUGACCUGGUCCACAGUGACUGAUACGUGUUGAAGUGUGGAAUCAGUUCCCCUUUUCCAAUUCAUGGCAAAUGUGCCAGCGGUCAGGCUGUGCCCAGCACCUCCUUGGGAGGAGUUGUGAUAGAGUAAAGCUUGACCUGCAAAGAUGCUGUGGCUGUCCUGGCCUCCUCCAGUGCAUCCCAGCACCGCUCACAGCUGGGACCUGCCAAUGUCUGUUUCUCUCAUCACCGGCUGCAAAAUGCACCAAAACGCAGUGGAAGCAUGGAAAGGCACACGGCACAGGCUGUUGGCUGGUGUCAGCGGGUGUGACUCAAAUCGAGUAAGAAGUUUGGAUAUGACUGAAGACAAUGGGCUGAUUUCUGCUCUCUGGCUCUGGGGCAAUUCCUCUGGGAUCCCCGGGGUUGUAUUGAUGGUCAUGGAGUGGCACUUGGCUCUUGCUAGGAGGUUUAUUGGCUUUUAUUUUUCGUAUGAGCUAAAAAUUAGAGGGGAAAAAAAAAAUCAAAGCAGUAUUUGAUGGGGAAAGCAAAGAAGUUUCAAACCUCCAAAACCGGCCAGAAAGGGCCUCACUGAUGGGACAGAAGUGAUCAGCAGUGAUAGUGGGACUGCAGGUCCAGGAUGGGAGCGCUCAGGAGCGAUGCUCAGCCCCAGGAUGGAGCAUUAAGAAACGAUGCUCAGCUCAUCCCUUGCUCCCAUUGCUGCCCGUGCACUGCUGCUGGGUGUGAGCAUGCUGGGUGUCUGCUCCCGGCAGGACCUUCCCUGCGUGUUGUCCUUCACAAGUGGCACAGGAGGGGAGGGCACUGGAACAUUUGUUCCCGUGGAUGAGCUGCAAUUUGGGGAAAGACUGCAGGGACCCCACUGGGUGCCCACUCCCAGAGCCGCUGCAGCUCAUACCCAGCUCUUCUGCUGCAGGAGUUCAAAGGAGUGGAAUAAAUGAUUCCUGUGUUCGGCACUGAAUGCCAGAGAACCUGUUGCCAAGAAUGAAAUUUCUCAUUUGAUUUGAUUAACCUUUGUGUCUGCACAAACAACCCAAUAUUUGUCACUGGCUGAACACUUGCUGGAGGAGUUUGCCAGCUCGUCUGGGAGCAUCUGGUCUGCAUGCCAUGCACAGUUAUGCUCUCCUGCGCAGGAAGUCCCUGUUGUCACCUCUGGAAGGACACCUCAAGGGGCAGCACAGCGUCCCACACUGUGAUAGCAGUGCUCUGGGGUUGGGGGCCUGCAGCCCCUUUCCCCAUGGUGUGGGUUCAGGGGAGCUGCUCCCCGAGCACCGCAAUCCCACCGGGCACCUGGGCAGGGUGAUUGGGGAUGCUCAGGGGGCACAUCUUUGGCUUGGAUUGAGCUGAAUGAUGCAGACAGGGUUAUGUGAGAGGCAUCAGAGGCUGACAAGACACAUCUGUGUUUUAAAAAAUGUAUGCACAUGGGAGAGAAGUGUUAAGCAGAGGUGAAAAGAAGGCAGCAGGUGGCACUUCCUGCAGUCGCACUGCUCGGGUCUGGCUGAGCAUCAGCAUCACUUCCCUGGCACUGUCCAUAGUCUUCAGGCUGCAUGUGACCAUGGGGGCCAGCAGGACCCACUCCCAAAGCCCUGACACCCCUAGGGCAGGUUUGGUCCCUUGGUGCAGCUGAGCUCUGCAGCAAGAUCUGAGUUGAGGGCUAUAGUGCUGCAUCCAGAUGCUGCUCACUGGUCCCCAAUCCCACACUUGCUCAACCCAGCAGUGAAUUUUGUCUGCAUUGCAAGAAACUUUUCCAAACCAGACAGGCUGAGCCCCCCCUGCAAGGUGCAUCCCUCAUCGUGCUGCAUUGUACCGGGCUGUACAGCCCACAGCACUGCACCCGGGUGGCUCACUCCAAGCAGCUGUGUUAUCUGCCUUCAUUCAAGUGUGAGGUUUGGGUUCAGUGUCUGAGGAUACUUGAAAUGAACUUGGGCAGAAGCAGCCACUCCAUGGCCUUAAUCCUCCUGAAGCAGAGGGGUCUCCUGCUGGUUGCUUCUGCAGGGAGCACGACCGGGCCUUCCGUGAUAAUUUCUGAUGUUCAUUAUUUAUAGAGAAACCAAAUUGAAUUAUUAAUACAGAAAAUUUAGAUAACAUUAGCAAUUCUCGGUUUAUAACAGUUUCCCAUUAAUAAGGAAAAUUGGAAAUUUAUCACUACAUCUGUUCAUUAAAACUCACUAUUUUUUUUUCCUUUUGGUGUCUUAAAUGAAAGCAUAGAAAUAAACGAAGAGGAAAAGCCAUUUACUCUGUUACUUCUCUGGACGAAGCCAGCCCAUAAGUUUUAAUAAAGUCCUUGCUGUUAUACGUGGAGAGGAAACCAGCUCAUCAUGAAAGCAGCUUUUCAACCAUGUCUUUUGCAUUGCUCAGCCGGAGGACAGAUACUCAGAAACCUAUCUUGUUUCUGCCCUUUGUGAGAAUGCUUCAGCUGUCAGAUUUCUAAUUUCCCUCCAUUCCAGCAGCUCUCCUUGCUUUCAGCAUGUGUUCUUCCCAGCUCCAUGUGACUUCUAACGCAUCCCCUGCUUGUUUCAGAGAUGGCGGAUUCCUAUGCUUGUAAAAGUGGAAGGAAGACUGCAGGUUCCACCAAACCCAGCAAAGAGAGCAGGGCAGAGGCGAGGCUGAACCCUCCAGCAGAGCUCCCCAGGCUGGGAAAUGCAACCAGUGACAAAACCGAGGGCAAGAAGAAAGGACGACCCAAGGCUGAGAACCAGGCACUGAAAGACAUCCCUCUCCCACUGAUGAACCAGUGGAAGGAUGAAUUCAAAGCCCACUCCAGGGUGAAAUGCCCCAAUUCAGGCUGCUGGCUGGAGUUUCCCAGCAUUUAUGGCUUGAAGUACCACUAUCAGCGCUGCCAAGGGGGCGCAAUCUCGGAGAAGCUGACGUACUCCUGCUCGUACUGCGAAGCUGCCUUCAGUUCCAAAACCCAGUUGGAAAAACAUCGUCUCUGGAAUCACUUGGACCAACCAGUGCCAGCCAGCAAAACAGAAAGCAAAGUGCACAAGGCCAUUGGGAAGAGCAGUGGCAAGAAAAGAGCUGCUGAGAGUUCAGCUUGCCCCACCAUCCAUCCCAAACAGGCAAAGACGGAAAAAGCCGUGUCCCAGGAUCAUGCUGAGAAUGGCGAAUGCCCGGCGGAGAGCCGGGAGAGCAAGGAGUUUCAGAUCGCCGCAGCCGAGGCGAUUGCAGCUGCCACCCCCACAGCAAAGUCCUCGAGUGGCAAGGAUGGCGGGCAGCAGGGGGGCAGCCAGGCAUCACUGCAGGAGGAGGACCCGGAGAGGAUGAAGCACAGAAGGAAACAGAAAACUCCUAAGAAGUUUACGGGGGAGCAGCCGUCCAUCUCGGGAACAUUUGGACUAAAAGGUCUCGUCAAAGCAGAGGACAAGGCGAAAGCCCAUCGAGCCAAGAAGCUGGAGGGGAGCACCAACAUGGAGGAGCUGAAAAAGAAGCCUCCAGGAGCUGGUGUGAAGAAGGAAGCAGCUGUGCACCUACCAGCAGCAAAUCCCGAGGACCAGUGGCAGCGGGAAAUCAGUGAGAAGGGAGAAGUUGCCUGUCCAACCUGCAGUGUUAUAACCAGGAAAACCAUCGUUGGGCUCAAAAAGCAUAUGGAUGUCUGCCAGAAACUGCAGGACGCCUUGAAGUGUCAGCACUGCAAAAAGCAGUUCAAGUCCAAAGCUGGGCUGAAUUACCACACCAUGGCUGAACACGUCAGCAAGGGCUGCGCAGCCAACUUCUCCAGCCUGAUGGGCUACCAGUACCACCAGAAGCGCUGUGGGAAGCAACUCGCCGAGGCUGACAAGCCUGUCUUCAGCUGCCCUCACUGCGGGAAGAAAUACAAAUCCAAGGCUGGCCAUGAUUACCAUGUACGGUCAGAACACCCGGCCUCAGUGAGCCCCCCAGACACCUCUGCAACCCAAGAAGUGGGGCCAUCCCUCGCUGGGGGUGACUGCAGAGCUGCAGAGCCUGUGGGCAGGAGCGAGCCAGGCAGAGCCGGGCCAGGCAAGCCGCCAGAGGAGCCAGAGGUGAAGCCAGAGCCCACCCCCAUAGAGGAUUUUGAAAGGACCCCGAGUGGCCGCAUCCGUCGCACAUCGGCUCAAGUGGCCGUGUUCCACCUUCAGGAGAUAGCAGAGGAUGAGCUCGCCAGGGACUGGACCAAACGGAGGAUGAAGGACGACCUGGUACCCGAAACUAAGCGGCUCAACUACACCCGGCCAGGACUUCCAAAGCUGAAUCCAAGGCUGCUGGAAAGCUGGAAGAAUGAAGUGAAGGAGAAGGGCCACAUCAACUGUCCCAAUAACUGCUGUGAAGCCAUUUACUCCAGCGUCUCGGGGUUGAAAGCUCACCUGGCCAACUGCAACAAGGGGGAGCAUUCAGUGGGCAAAUACCGCUGCCUGCUGUGCCAGAAGGAGUUCAGCUCUGAGAGUGGGGUCAAGUACCACAUCAUCAAAGCUCACUCGGAGAACUGGUUCCGAACCUCCUCAGAAACAGCCCGGAAAAAGAAAAACAGGGAGCAGCUUUCAUCCAGCAAGGAGGAAAAAAAAAAAAGCACAAACGGGAAGAAAAGAGGGAGAAAACCCAAGGAGAGGCCUCUGGAAACAUCCCUGAAGAACAGAGAGAGCGUGGCAGCAAAGACUAAUCACAAGAAAAGCCCUGAGCACUGGGAGGGCUCCCGAUGCAGCUCCGAUGGAGAUGAGCGUGGCCCCAAAGCUCCCAGCCAGCGCAAGGGGGGAGUCAGCAAGGUGCCCGAGAAGUGAGCAUUCAGAGACUCAUCUGCAAGGAUUCGUUUACAGCCCAGGGUAACAGGGUGGGGGUCGCUCCCAGUUUUCCACCCCCCUCCCCUUCCUUCUCUCACUCCCCCUUUUUUUUUUUUUUUUUUUUUUAACAAAAAAAAAAAAAGUCACAAAAAAAAAAGACAGGAAAUACCAAUUAACCACUUUAAGCAAAUCAUGGACCUUGUUUCACACUGGAAAACAAGCAGGAUUGAGCAAGCUGGACCACUCUCGCCCCCUCUGCCCAUGUACACACCCCUGAGGCUGUGCCCGUGCCCCGGGGGGGGGCCCUGCUGACGUCCCCUCCCAACCUUCCACCUCUGUGCAAAACUGGUGAUGCUUGAGCAAAAGAAAAGUGCAAUAGCAGCAGAGCCGGCAUUGGAUCCCCACCUGCUCUUGGACCCCCAUGGCUGCAGCCUCCCAGGACGGUGUUCCCAAUGAUGCUCGUUCCGUGCAGGCAGCCUGGAGAGGUGGGAAGGGGCAGGGGACAGCAGGGCCUGGCAGCAGACAUUGGGUGGCACUUUUUUGCUGCAGCAUUGGGGCCGUGCAUCAGCAGGGAUGUGCCUUGAGACCUGUGUGGCACAGGGCUUUUGCGGUGGCACCAGGAGGGGACGGCGCCCAGGUGCUAGAGCUGAUGGGAGAGGGGUUGCUGCAGGAUGGGUCUGGCUUUGGGUUUAAGUGAAAGUUGCAGAACGAUGUGAGCGUGGUGAGGGGAGGGAUGGAAGGGCGAGCGGUGGGACAGAGCAGAGCCUGAGGGCGCUUGGGGGUCCUCAUCCCAAAGAUGCUGAUUUGGGAUUGGGGGAGCAGGUGUUUGGUCACCCAGCUCCUGCGCUGGGCUGCGGGCAGUGUGCAAUGGGGACACGGGGUCAGCAUCAAGUGACAAUCAUGGGUCCUGCUUUCGGGUGAGUCCCCACCGCUGGGCACGUUGCAAGCCGAGCCUUGGGGCAGGGUCACUGCAGGGCAUUGUGCCAUCCUGGCUUUAUUCUGUGUCUGUGUUCCCACAUUGGUGUCAUUGUGACACCUGGCUCGGAGGAAGCGCCCCAGACCGAGAUGUGUUUGUGCAGACAGGAACCAGGCUACCUCUGUCCCUGCGUUGUGGACACGUCUCGCUGUGGUUUUCUCUCAGUAAUGGAGCAGAAAACCUUAAUUCUGGUUUUCCUGCAUUCUUCCCCAUAUCGUGGCUCAGGAAGGCGACCUUUGAGGGAGAAGAGGUUCUGCUUUUACUGUGUUUGCUUGAAAUCUCAGCCCUCGGUUUCCUUCGCUGCUCUUCACAGCCCAUCUCGGCACCAUCCCUGCUUGGGAACGACUCACAUCCUUUCCCACCAAUGCUGCGUUGCUGCAGAUGGGGACAGCAGCAGAAGAGGGGCAAAAGGCAGAGCUGAGCAAAAAGGGGGGGGGGGGGGGGGGGAGGUGAGCAGGGAUGGCGUCCUGCCCUGCAGGCUGCUCUGACAGAGGGGAGCUGGGAUGGGUCGGGGUAUGGGGACAGUGCUCCUGGCACCAGGCUGUGCUCCCAGCCUGCAGCUGGCUGGGGUGCAACUCUGAGCCCCGCGUGAAAAUGGGUCCCUGGGGAAAGGGAACGUUUUUAUGAGGAAUUGAACCAACCUAGUGGUCAUAGAAGUGCAGGGAGGUGCUCCUCCCCAGUCAGUAAUGGGCAGGGCUGCGUUUGGAGGCAGCCCCAGGGACCUGCUGCUGGGAGCUUUGGGGCAGAGCGAGCACACAUCCCUUGAGGCCAGGUCUGCCCCGGCACCAUCCUGGUAAUGCAGAGAAACGUUUUGCUUUGCUUUGCUUUGCUCUGGGCAACCUUCAUUUCCCAUUCCAAAGCAAUGCCGGGAGCAGCAGCGCUGCGUUGGUGCUGGUUGGGUGCUCUGGGGCAGCGCCAGCAGGCAGGGCUGAGAUCGGUGUGAUACGGUGAGCUCAGCAUCUCCUCACCCCCAUCCCACCGGCAUCCCCUGCUCCUGGGCACCACAGCCCCACAUCCCACACCUGCAGCACCACCAAAACUCAUCUUCACACCUCCCACAGCUCAGGAUAAGGGCUACACCUGCGUGCGUGGGGCUGGGACCCAUCCCUCCACACAGCCCACCCCAGCAAGGGCUCCGACAGCAUCCAGCACCGGCGCUACCCACGCCACGGAGCACUGAUGGCACAGGGGGGGCAGGAAGGAGCCCCCCAAGCCCGUGGUGCCAUAAGCCCUGCUCCCCAGGCCUCCCCCAGCAGCACUGUCCUCCUCCACCCGUCAACGCUGGGCCCAUUCUGCUCCUUCCUUUCUCUCCUCACAGCACCCAUCCCAUGGCAUAGCCGAAUGUCUCUGUCAGUCGAUGCCAGUUAUUUAGUGCAUUAAGUGUAUUUUGGGGGAAAAAAAAAAAAAAAUUAAAAAAAAAUUUAAGAAUUUUCAAUUUAUCACUUGUAACCA